CCUAAGGGCACACAAUGGGGUACCAGCUUGCCAGUCUGCUGGUCUUGUUGUUGGCAUUUACCACUGCAACUGGUUAUGAAGUUAUCACAGGUCGAGUCCGUAAUCAUGGUCACUCUGUCUGCAGUGCAUGGGGCAACUUUCAUUACAAGACCUUCGAUGGAGAUGUAUAUCAAUUCCCUGGUACUUGCACCUACAACCUGGCCUCAGACUGCCAGAACGAUUACCAAGAGUUCUCCAUCCAUUUAAGCCGUCAUGUGCAAGAUGGUAACACCUUCAUCAACAAACUCAUUGUGACCAUCAAGGAUGUCAUUGUUCAGUUAAAGAACAAUUUAGUGGUGGUGAAUGGGGAAAUUGCCAUGACACCUUACUACAGCUUUGGAAUUCUCAUCCAUAAGAGUAAUGGCUACAUUAAGUUAUACACAAAGAUGGGUCUGACCCUUAUGUGGAACCAAGAAGAUGCUGUUAUGGUGGAAUUGGAUUCAAAGUUUAACAACAGAACCUGCGGCUUGUGUGGAGACUAUAAUGGUGUUCCUAUCUAUGAUGAAUUUGUCUCUGAAGGUAUUUCUCUCAAACCUAUUCAAUUUGGAAUCCUGCAGAACAUUCAUGAUCCAAAUGAUAAGUGUAGCGAUCCAGAUGAGACCCAAAUCGCCGAUACCUCCCACUGCUCUAAAUAUCGCUCAGUAUGCGAACAGCACCUGGAUCAGUCUGCCUUUUCAGACUGCAGCAGUCUCCUGGAUCUGGAGUCUUACAUUCAAGCCUGUACAGUGGACCUGUGCUUUUGUGAUGAAUCUCAGUUGACCUCCUGUGUCUGUAACACCAUCACAGAAUACUCCAGACAAUGCUCACAUGCAGGGGGGAGACCAGGGAUAUGGAGAACUCAGUCAUUCUGCAAUAAAGAAUGUCCUGGUAACAUGAUCUACCAAGAAAGUGCCUCACCCUGCAUGAGCACGUGCUCCCACCUGGCGGUACACAGCUUGUGUGAAGAACAUUACAUGGAUGGCUGCUUUUGUCCUGAGGGAACUGUGCAGGAUGAUCUUACUAAUAAGGGCUGUGUAGAAGUGACGGAAUGUCAUUGCAAACAUCAAGGAGUUCUAUAUACACCAGGUCAAAAAAUACAACAAGACUGUGAUGAAUGCCUCUGUGUCUCUGGAAGAUGGAGCUGCACAGACAAUGCCUGUUCUGGACUUUGUGCCAUUGAGGGUGGAGCUCAUUUCACUACUUUUGAUGGCAAAUCAUACAUUUUUCAUGGAGACUGCUAUUAUAUUCUUUCUAAGGGAAUUGGAAAUGAAUCUGAUAUUGUAGUAGGAGAGCUGACACCAUGCAGUUCCGCUAAUGGAGAUACUUGCCUCAAAUCUGUUGUGCUCGUUACUGACAACAAAAAAAAUAUUGUUGCCUUCAAAGCAGAUGGCUCUGUAUUGCUAAAUGAAUUGGAAGUGUCCUUGCCUCAUGUGACAGCAAGUUUUUCCAUUGUAAAGCCCUUGGAUUCAUACAUUAUUGUACAGACAUCUAGUCUCCAACUGCAGAUCCAGCUACAGCCAAUAAUGCAGCUAUAUAUUAAUGUGGAGAAAAAUGCUCGGGGAUCAUUGCAAGGUCUUUGUGGAGACUUUAAUUCCAAGGAAGGAGAUGACUUUAAAACAUCUGGAGGACUAGUUGAAGCUACCGCCUCUGCAUUUGCCAACACCUGGAAGGCUCAGCCUAGCUGCCAUGACAAGACCGAACUGAUAGAAGACCCAUGCAGCAUUAGCAUUGAGAACAAAAUGUAUGCUGAAUACUGGUGUUCAUUCUUGGAAAAAGAAGAGUCGGUUUUUGCUAAGUGCCAUUCUACAAUAGAUGUAUCUAAAUAUGCUAAGAGAUGUCGAUAUGAUGCAUGUAGCUGUAAAAACAGUGAAGUCUGUAUGUGUGCAGCUGUCUCUUCUUAUGUCAGGGCCUGCGCUGCUAAAGGAAUCAUCUUGUGGGGCUGGAAAAAUGGAAUCUGCGACAAGGACAUUGCUACAUGCCCAACAUCCCAGGUCUACUUAUACAACCUCACCACUUGCCAGCCAACAUGCCGUUCUUUGGCAGAAGGAGAGAAAGUGUGCUCUAGCAUGUUCACACCAGUAGAUGGUUGUGGAUGUCCAGCAGGAGAGUAUCUAAAUGAAGAUGGAGAGUGUGUGCCAAUAUCCAAAUGCUCUUGCUUCUACCAUGGAAUGUACUAUCAGGCACAAGAAUUGAUUCACAUACAGAAUGAUUUAUGCACUUGUCGAAAUGGAAUAAUGCACUGCACCACGCAUGUGGCUGAAGAUUGCCCAGAUGGGAAGGUAUUUUUUGAUUGCAACAAGGUCCCUACAGAAGGUUUAAAGACUCCAGCGUACCGGAGCUGCCAGACGUUAAGCGUUGAAUACUUUAAAACAGAAUGCAUCUCUGGCUGUGUUUGUCCCAAUGGGUUGUUGGAUGAUGGCGCAGGUGGCUGUGUCCAUGAAGAUAGCUGUCCUUGUGUUCACAAUGAAGACAUUUUCCCUCAUGGGACCAAAGUUAAUGUGGACUGCAAUACAUGCUUGUGUCAGAAAGGUCGAUGGACAUGUACCGAUUCUCCAUGUUACGGGACGUGUACAAUAUAUGGCAAUGGUCAUUAUGUAACCUUUGAUGGUAAAUUCUAUGACUUUGAUGGAAACUGCGAAUUUGUGGCUGCCCAGGAUUACUGUGGGAUUCAUGGUUCCCAUGGCAAUUUCAGUGUCAUUACUGAGAACAUCCCGUGUGGUACUACAGGUACUACAUGUUCAAAAGCUAUUAAAAUAUUCAUUGGGAGCACUGAACUGAAGCUGGCAGACAAACAUUUGGAAGAAACAUUAGGCGACAUUAGCAAACGUGUACAUUAUAGAACUCGAGAGGUUGGACUUUACCUGGUGAUUGAAGCCAACAAUGGCAUUCUUCUGAUUUGGGACAGGAAGACCACAAUAUUCAUUAAGGUGUCUCCCCUAUUCAAGGGUAAAGUCUGUGGUUUAUGUGGAAAUUUUGAUGACAACUCCAAGAAUGACUUUACAACCAGCCACAUGCUACAAGUCAACAAUGUGCUAGAGUUUGGUAACAGUUGGAAGGCCAAACCUACUUGUCCAGAUGUAACAGAAGAGGUCCAUCCCUGCAGUCUAAACCCACAUCGUCACUCAUGGGCAGAAAAACAGUGUGGUCUUAUUAAAAGUGAUGUUUUCAAAGUCUGCCACAGCAAGGUGGAUCCAACACUGUUUUAUGAAGCUUGUGUUAAUGAUGCCUGCUCCUGUGAUAGUGGUGGGGACUGUGAAUGCUUCUGUACCGCAGUUGCUGCCUAUGCUCAGGAGUGCACAAAGGCAGGAGCCUGUGUCUAUUGGAGAACACCAGACAUAUGUCCCAUAUUUUGUGACUACUACAACCCUGAGGAUGAGUGUGAGUGGCACUACCACCCAUGUGGUAGUGACAACAUAAAGACCUGCCGCUCCAUCAACGGUAUCGAUACUAAUGUUACCAUCAAUUACUUGGAAGGCUGUUAUCCAACUUGUCCACCUGACAAACCUAUUUUUGAUGAAUCCAAGAAGAUAUGUGUUAAAGAAGAAGAGUGUGGUUGCUUUAUCGACGGUAAACAAUAUGAGCCUGGUAGCAUUGUGCCUUCAGACGUCAAGUGUCACACAUGUGUAUGUACAGCUAAAUCUGAAGUUGACUGCAAAUAUGAUCAGUCAGCUUGUUUCUGCAUUGUCAAUGGUACAAGAUAUGAAGAAAAUGAUAUCAUCUACUCUGGAGUAGAGUCUGGAAUCUGCUUUGUUGUAAGAUGUGUAAAUGGAACAGAGAAGGUAGAAAUGGAACCUUGUUCGACCACAACAGUAGUAACAACAACAAGUGCUGUUACUUCUACUCAGACCGUCUCUACCACAACAGUGAUUCCUCCAUCUACUACUCUUGGUUCAACAACUUGCAUUCUUGAAUUUGUUUGUAAGUGGACAGAAUGGUAUGAUGUCAGUACACCACAGAAAGACCCGGAAGGUGGUGAAUAUGAAACAUAUGAUGAGAUUAGGAAACACCACUCAUUCUGUAAUGCUCCUCAUGAUAUUCAAUGCAGAGCAGUUGGAGCGCCUGAUGUAAAUUUGGAUAGCAUAGGACAGACAGUCCAUUGCGAUGUAUCAUAUGGACUAGUUUGUAGAAAUAAUGAGCAGAAGCAACAAGACAGCCUUUGGCAAAUCUGUUAUGACUAUGAGGUCCGUAUGAACUGCUGCGAAUGGAUCUGUGCAACCCCGACAACAAUCCCACCAAGUUCUACCACAACAACAAAAACAACAACCUCUCCAGCCACCUCAACUCCAAGCCCACCAUCAACAACAAGCUCACCAAGUACUACCACAACAACAGAUACAACAACCUCCUCAACUCCCUCAACUACAAGCCCACCAAGUACUCCCACAACAACAGAAACAACAACCUCCUCAACUCCCUCAACUACAAGCCCGACAUCAACAAGUACUCCCACAACAACAGAAACAACAACCUCCUCAAAUCCUUCAACAACAAGUCCAACUUCAACAAGUACUUCCACAACAGAGAGUACAACAACACCUACUAUAUCAACGGAAACAUCAACCUCAGAAGUCACAAGUCCUACAACUAGCAGUGUGACUUUCACUACUACGAUAACACCCGCAACUACAACAUGUACCACUGAAGAAACGCCUGAAACUACUCCAACGUUCAGUCCAAGUGUCUCACCUACACCCACCUGUGUCCCUGUAAAAGAAUGCAAGUGGUCAGAUUGGUUUGAUGUAAGCUACCCUAAAUAUGAGGAGAAUGGGGGUGAUUUUGAAACUUAUGAGAACAUUCGCAAAGAAGGACAUGAGAUCUGUGAUAAGCCAGAUAACAUUUCCUGCAGAGCAGAGAGAUACAAAGAUGUCCCACUGGACCAACUGGGUCAGAUUGUGACCUGUGAUGUAUCCAGUGGACUUGUCUGUUAUAACAAAGACCAGACCAGCGGAUUCCUUCCUGUGUGUUACAACUAUCAGAUAAGUGUUUACUGCUGUGAAGAACAUUAUGAUCAAGAGGACUGCAUAAGUACAACCGCAUCUACCACCACAUCAAGCACACCCCAAACAACUACACCUGCGUCUACAACAGUUACAACAACUACUCCUUCCUCUUCAACAAGCACAACAGAACUAACAACCAGCCCAACAAGACCUACUGAAUCUACAACAUCCUCGGUGACAACCUCUCCAACAAUUUCAAGUACAUCUAUCACCACAUCAAGCACAACCCAAACUACAAUUCCUCCUACAUCUGAGACAACCACCACAAUAAGCACCUCCCAAACAACUACCCCUACAACUACCACAACGAGCACACCUGAAACAAAUACCCUUACAAUUACCACAAUAAGCACACCCCAAACAACUACCCCUGCAUCUACAACAGUUACAACAACCACUCCUUCCUCUACAACAAGCACAACAGAACUCACAACCAGCCCAACAAGUCCUACUGAAUCUACAACAACCUCGGUGACCACCUCUCCAACAAUUUCAAGCACCUGUGUCCCUGUAAAAGAAUGCAAGUGGUCAGAUUGGUUUGAUGUAAGCUACCCUAAAUAUGAGGAGAAUGGGGGUGAUUUUGAAACCUAUGAGAACAUUCGCAAAGAAGGACAUGAGAUCUGUGAUAAGCCAGAGAACAUUUCCUGCAGAGCAGAGAGAUACAAAGAUGUCCCACUGGACCAGCUCGGUCAGAUUGUGACCUGUGAUGUUUCCAGUGGACUUGUCUGUUAUAACAAAGACCAGACCAGCGGAUUCCUUCCUGUGUGUUACAACUAUCAGAUAAGUGUUUACUGCUGUGAAGAACAUUAUGAUCAAGAGGAUUGUAUAAGUACAACCGCAUCUACCACCACAUCAAGCACACCCCAAACAACUACCACUACAACUAUAACAAGCACACCCCAAACAACUACACCUGCGUCUACAACAGUUACAACAACUACUCCUUCCUCUUCAACAAGCACAACAGAACUCACAACCAGCCCAACAAGACCUACUGAAUCUACAACAUCCUCGGUGACAACCUCUCCAACAAUUUCAAGUACAUCUAUCACCACAUCAAGCACAACCCAAACUACAAUUCCUCCUACAUCUGAGACAACCACCACAAUAAGCACCUCCCAAACAACUACCACAACGAGCACACCUGAAACAAAUACCCCUACAAUUAGCACAAUAAGCACACCCCAAACAACUACCCCUGCAUCUACAACAGUUACAACAACCACUCCUUCCUCUACAACAAGCUCAACAGAACUCACAACCAGGCCAACAAGUCCUACUGAAUCUACAACAACCUCGGUGACCACCUCUCCAACAAUUUCAACCACCUGUGUCCCUGUAAAAGAAUGCAAGUGGUCAGAUUGGUUUGAUGUAAGCUACCCUAAAUAUGAGGAGAAUGGGGGUGAUUUUGAAACCUAUGAGAACAUUCGCAAAGAAGGACAUGAGAUCUGUGAUAAGCCAGAGAACAUUUCCUGCAGAGCAGAGAGAUACAAAGAUGUCCCACUGGACCAGCUCGGUCAGAUUGUGACCUGUGAUGUUUCCAGUGGACUUGUCUGUUAUAACAAAGACCAGACCAGCGGAUUCCUUCCUGUGUGUUACAACUAUCAGAUAAGUGUUUACUGCUGUGAAGAACAUUAUGAUCAAGAGGAUUGUAUAAGUACAACCGCAUCUACCACCACAUCAAGCACACCCCAAACAACUACCACUACAACUAUAACAAGCACACCCCAAACAACUACACCUGCGUCUACAACAGUUACAACAACUACUCCUUCCUCUUCAACAAGCACAACAGAACUCACAACCAGCCCAACAAGACCUACUGAAUCUACAACAUCCUCGGUGACAACCUCUCCAACAAUUUCAAGUACAUCUAUCACCACAUCAAGCACAACCCAAACUACAAUUCCUCCUACAUCUGAGACAACCACCACAAUAAGCACCUCCCAAACAACUACCACAACGAGCACACCUGAAACAAAUACCCCUACAAUUAGCACAAUAAGCACACCCCAAACAACUACCCCUGCAUCUACAACAGUUACAACAACCACUCCUUCCUCUACAACAAGCUCAACAGAACUCACAACCAGGCCAACAAGUCCUACUGAAUCUACAACAACCUCGGUGACCACCUCUCCAACAAUUUCAACCACCUGUGUCCCUGUAAAAGAAUGCAAGUGGUCAGAUUGGUUUGAUGUAAGCUACCCUAAAUAUGAAGAGAAUGGGGGUGAUUUUGAAACCUAUGAGAACAUUCGCAAAGAAGGACAUGAGAUCUGUGAUAAGCCAGAGAACAUUUCCUGCAGAGCAGAGAGAUACAAAGAUGUCCCACUGGACCAGCUCGGUCAGAUUGUGACCUGUGAUGUUUCCAGUGGACUUGUCUGUUAUAACAAAGACCAGACCAGCGGAUUCCUUCCUGUGUGUUACAACUAUCAGAUUAGUGUAUACUGCUGUGAAGAACAUUAUGAUCAAGAGGAUUGCAUAAGUACAACCGCAUCUACCACCACAUCAAGCACACCCCAAACAACUACACCUGCAUCUACAACAGUUACAACAACUACUCCUCCCUCUACAACAAGCACAACAGAACUCACAACAAGCCCAACAAUACCUACUGAAUCUACAACAUCCUCGGUGACCACCUCUCCAACAAUUUCAAGAACAUCUAUCACCACAUCAAGCACAACCCAAACUGCAAUUCCUCCUACAUCUGCGACAACUACCACAAUCAGCACCUCCCAAACAACUACCCCUACAACCACCACAACGAGCACACCUGAAACAAAUACCCCUACAAUUACCACAAUAAGCACACCCCAAACAACUACCCCUGCAUCUACAACAGCUACAACAACCACUCCUUCCUCUUCAACAAGCACAACAGAACUCACAACUAGCCCAACAAGACCUACUGAAUCUACAACAUCCUCGGUGACAACCUCUCCAACAAUUUCAAGUACAUCUAUCUCCACAUCAAGCACAACCCAAACUACAAUUUCUCCUACAUCUGCGACAACUACCACAAUCAGCACCUCCCAAACAACUACCCCUAAAACUACCACAACGAGCACACCUGAAACAAAUACCCCUACAAUUACCACAAUAAGCACACCCCAAACAACUACCCCUGCAUCUACAACAGUUACAACAACCACUACUUCCUCUACAACAAGCACAACAGAACUCACAACCAGCCCAACAAGUCCUACUGAAUCUACAACAACCUCAGUGACCACCUCUCCAACAAUUUCAAGCACCUGUGUCCCUGUAAAAGAAUGCAAGUGGUCAGAUUGGUUUGAUGUAAGCUACCCUAAAUAUGAGGAGAAUGGGGGUGAUUUUGAAACCUAUGAGAACAUUCGCAAAGAAGGACAUGAGAUCUGUGAUAAGCCAGAGAACAUUUCCUGCAGAGCAGAGAGAUACAAAGAUGUCCCACUGGACCAGCUCGGUCAGAUUGUGACCUGUGAUGUUUCCAGUGGACUUGUCUGUUAUAACAAAGACCAGACCAGCGGAUUCCUUCCUGUGUGUUACAACUAUCAGAUAAGUGUUUACUGCUGUGAAGAACAUUAUGAUCAAGAGGAUUGUAUAAGUACAACCGCAUCUACCACCACAUCAAGCACACCCCAAACAACUACCACUACAACUAUAACAAGCACACCCCAAACAACUACACCUGCGUCUACAACAGUUACAACAACUACUCCUUCCUCUUCAACAAGCACAACAGAACUCACAACCAGCCCAACAAGACCUACUGAAUCUACAACAUCCUCGGUGACAACCUCUCCAACAAUUUCAAGUACAUCUAUCACCACAUCAAGCACAACCCAAACUACAAUUCCUCCUACAUCUGAGACAACCACCACAAUAAGCACCUCCCAAACAACUACCACAACGAGCACACCUGAAACAAAUACCCCUACAAUUAGCACAAUAAGCACACCCCAAACAACUACCCCUGCAUCUACAACAGUUACAACAACCACUCCUUCCUCUACAACAAGCUCAACAGAACUCACAACCAGGCCAACAAGUCCUACUGAAUCUACAACAACCUCGGUGACCACCUCUCCAACAAUUUCAACCACCUGUGUCCCUGUAAAAGAAUGCAAGUGGUCAGAUUGGUUUGAUGUAAGCUACCCUAAAUAUGAAGAGAAUGGGGGUGAUUUUGAAACCUAUGAGAACAUUCGCAAAGAAGGACAUGAGAUCUGUGAUAAGCCAGAGAACAUUUCCUGCAGAGCAGAGAGAUACAAAGAUGUCCCACUGGACCAGCUCGGUCAGAUUGUGACCUGUGAUGUUUCCAGUGGACUUGUCUGUUAUAACAAAGACCAGACCAGCGGAUUCCUUCCUGUGUGUUACAACUAUCAGAUUAGUGUAUACUGCUGUGAAGAACAUUAUGAUCAAGAGGAUUGUAUAAGUACAACCGCAUCUACCACCACAUCAAGCUCACCCCAAACAACUACACCUGCAUCUACAACAGUUACAACAACUACUCCUCCCUCUACAACAAGCACAACAGAACUCACAACAAGCCCAACAAUACCUACUGAAUCUACAACAUCCUCGGUGACCACCUCUCCAACAAUUUCAAGAACAUCUAUCACCACAUCAAGCACAACCCAAACUGCAAUUCCUCCUACAUCUGAGACAACUACCACAAUAAGCACCUCCCAAACAACUACCCCUACAACCACCACAACGAGCACACCUGAAACAAAUACCCCUACAAUUACCACAAUAAGCACACCCCAAACAACUACCCCUGCAUCUACAACAGCUACAACAACCACUCCUUCCUCUUCAACAAGCACAACAGAACUCACAACUAGCCCAACAAGACCUACUGAAUCUACAACAUCCUCGGUGACAACCUCUCCAACAAUUUCAAGUACAUCUAUCUCCACAUCAAGCACAACCCAAACUACAAUUUCUCCUACAUCUGCGACAACUACCACAAUAAGCACCUCCCAAAUAACUACCCCUAAAACUACCACAACCAGCACACCUGAAACAAAUACCCCUACAAUUACCACAAUAAGCACACCCCAAACAACUACCCCUGCAUCUACAACAGUUACAACAACCACUACUUCCUCUACAACAAGCACAACAGAACUCACAACCAGCCCAACAAGUCCUACUGAAUCUACAACAACCUCGGUGACCACCUCUCCAACAAUUUCAACCACCUGUGUCCCUGUAAAAGAAUGCAAGUGGUCAGAUUGGUUUGAUGUAAGCUACCCUAAAUAUGAAGAGAAUGGGGGUGAUUUUGAAACCUAUGAGAACAUUCGCAAAGAAGGACAUGAGAUCUGUGAUAAGCCAGAUAACAUUUCCUGCAGAGCAGAGAGAUACAAAGAUGUCCCACUGGACCAGCUCGGUCAGAUUGUGACCUGUGAUGUUUCCAGUGGACUUGUCUGUUAUAACAAAGACCAGACCAGCGGAUUCCUUCCUGUGUGUUACAACUAUCAGAUUAGUGUUUACUGCUGUGAAGAACAUUAUGAUCAAGAGGAUUGUAUAAGUACAACCGCAUCUACCACCACAUCAAGCACACCCCAAACAACUACACCUGCAUCUACAACAGUUACAACAACUACUCCUCCCUCUACAACAAGCACCACAGAACUCACAACAAGCCCAACAAUACCUACUGAAUCUACAACAUCCUCGGUGAUCACCUCUCCAACAAUUUCAAGAACAUCUAUCACCACAUCAAGCACAACCCAAACUGCAAUUCCUCCUACAUCUGAGACAACUACCACAAUAAGCACCUCCCAAACAACUACCCCUACAACCACCACAACGAGCACACCUGAAACAAAUACCCCUACAAUUACCACAAUAAGCACACCCCAAACAACUACCCCUGCAUCUACAACAGCUACAACAACCACUCCUUCCUCUUCAACAAGCACAACAGAACUCACAACUAGCCCAACAAGACCUACUGAAUCUACAACAUCAUCGGUGACAACCUCUCCAACAAUUUCAAGUACAUCUAUCUCCACAUCAAGCACAACCCAAACUACAAUUUCUCCUACAUCUGAGACAACUACCACAAUAAGCACCUCCCAAACAACUACCCCUAAAACUACCACAACAAGCACACCUGAAACAAAUACCCCUACAAUUACCACAAUAAGCACACCGCAAACAACUACCCCUGCAUCUACAACAGUUACAACAACCACUCCUUUCUCUACAACAAGCACAACAGAACUCACAACCAGCCCAACAAGUCCUACUGAAUCUACAACAACCUCGGUGACCACCUCUCCAACAAUUUCAACCACCUGUGUCCCUGUAAAAGAAUGCAAGUGGUCAGAUUGGUUUGAUGUAAGCUACCCUAAAUAUGAAGAGAAUGGGGGUGAUUUUGAAACCUAUGAGAACAUUCGCAAAGAAGGACAUGAGAUCUGUGAUAAGCCAGAGAACAUUUCCUGCAGAGCAGAGAGAUACAAAGAUGUCCCACUGGACCAGCUCGGUCAGAUUGUGACCUGUGAUGUUUCCAGUGGACUUGUCUGUUAUAACAAAGACCAGACCAGCGGAUUCCUUCCUGUGUGUUACAACUAUCAGAUUAGUGUUUACUGCUGUGAAGAACAUUAUGAUCAAGAGGAUUGUAUAAGUACAACGGCAUCUACCACCACAUCAAGCACACCCCAAACAACUACACCUGCAUCUACAACAGUUACAACAACUACUCCUCCCUCUACAACAAGCACAACAGAACUCACAACAAGCCCAACAAUACCUACUGAAUCUACAACAUCCUCGUUGACAACCUCUCCAACAAUUUCAAGAACAUCUAUCACCACAUCAAGCACAACCCAAACUACAAUUCCUUCUACAUCUGAGACAACUACCACAAUAAGCACACCCCAUACAACUACCCCUACAACUUCCACAACAAGCACAGCCCAAACAACUACACCUACAAUUACCACAAUAAGCACACCCCAAACAACUACCUCUGCAUCAACAACCGUUACAACAACCACUUCUAUCUCCACAACAAGUACAACAGAAGUCUCAAGCAGCCCAACAAGACCUACUGAAUCUACAACUUCAUCUGUGACCACAACUCCAACAAUUUCAACAAUCACAAGUCCUACAACUAGCAGUGUGACUUUCACUACUACGAUAACACCUGCAACUACAACAUGUACCACUGAAGAAACACCUGACACUACUCCAACGUUCACUCCAAGUGUCUCACCUACACCCACCUGUAUCCCAGUAAUAGAAUGCAAGUGGUCAGAAUGGUUUGAUGUAAGCUACCCUAAAUACGAGGAAAAUGGGGGAGAUUUUGAAACUUAUGAGAACAUUCGCAAAGAAGGACAUGAGAUAUGUGAUAAGCCAGAGAACAUUUCCUGCAGAGCAGAGAGAUACAAAGAUGUCCCACUGGACCAGCUGGGUCAGAUUGUGACCUGUGAUGUUUCCAGUGGACUUGUCUGUUAUAACAAAGACCAGACCAGCGGAUUCCUUCCUGUGUGUUACAACUAUCAGAUUAGUGUUUAUUGCUGUGAAGAACAUUAUAAUCAAGAGGGCUGCAUAACUACAACCACAUCUACCACCACAUCAAGCACAACCCAAACAACUACCACAACGAGCACACCCCAAACAACUACUCCUACAACUACCACAUCAAGCACUCCCCAAACAACUACCACAGCAAGCACACCACAAACAGCUACCCCUAUAAUUACCACAAUAAGCACACCCCAAACAACUACCCCUGCAUCAACAACCAUUACAACAACCACUUAUCUCUCCACAACAAGCACAACAGAAGUCUCAACCAGCCCAACAAGACCUACUGAAUCUACAACAUCCUCGGUGACCACAUCUACAACAUUUGAAACACCAAAAACUCGGCCUCCUACAACUACAACUCCUACAACUAUUACAGGAAUUCCAGUGGAAUUCAUAGUACAAGGAAGUAGUUUACAGCUCAGAAGGGUUUUUCAUGACCAUAGUCCAAAUGAAUUCAACUCUGGCUAUCCAGAGCAAAAAUAUUAUAUCAAACUGAGACAAGUAGUCAUUUAUUUUUCUAUUUCCCAUAUCUUAGAUACAACAACCCCUAACACAACAUCUGAAACUACACCUUCAACAACUCAAGUUUCUUCACCAACUACAUCUAAAACAACAACAAAAACUCCAGCAACCACCACCCCUACUACUACAUCUGCAACCACAACAAUAUAUACAACCACUGAAACAUCGACAUCAGAAACUACAACAAGCACUAGCUCCCCAACUACGACAUCUGAAACUACAACAACAUAUACACCUUCAACAACUCGAAUUUCUUCACCAACUAUUUCUAAAACAACAACAGAAACUCCGGCAACCACCACCCCUACUACAUCUGCGACCACAACAAUAUAUACAACCACUGAAACAUCGACUCCAAAAUCUACAACAAACACUAUAACUCCUACUACUACAUCUGAAACUACAACAACAUAUACGCCUUCAGCACCUCCAGGUAUUUCAUCAACAACAUCUAAAACAACUACAGAAACUCCAACAACCACCACCCCUACUACUACAUCUGCGACCACAACAAUAUAUACAACCACUGAAACAUCGACAUCAGAAACUACAACAAGCACUAGCUCCCCAACUACGACAUCUGAAACUACAACAACAUAUACACCUUCAACAACUCGAAUUUCUUCACCAACUAUUUCUAAAACAACAACAGAAACUCCAGCAACCACCACCCCUACUACUACAUCUGCGACCACAACAAUAUAUACAACCACUGAAACAUUGACUCCAAAAUCUACAACAAGCACUAUAACUCCUACUACUACAUCUGAAACUACAACAACAUAUACGCCUUCAUCACCUCCAGGUAUUUCAUCAACAACAUCUAAAACAACUACAGAAACUCCAACAACCACCACCCCUACUACUACAUCUGCGACCACAACAAUAUAUACAACGACUGAAACUCCAACUCCAGAAUCUACAACAAGCACUAUAACUCCUACUACCACAUCUGAAACAACAACAACACAUACACCUUCAGCACCUCCAGGUGUUUCAUCAAGUACAUCUAAAACAACUACAGAAACUCCAACAACCAUCACCCCUACUACUACAUCAGCGACCACAACAAUAUACACAACUAUUGAAACUCCAACUCCAGAAUCUACAACAAGCACUAUAACUCCUACUACCACAUCUGAAACUACAACAACAUAUACGCCUUCAGUACCUCCAGGUAUUUCAUCAACUACAUCUAAAACAACUACAGAAACUCCAACAACCACCACCCCUACUACUACAUCUGCUACCACAACAAUAUAUACAACGACUGAAACUCCAACUACAGAAUCUACAACAAGCACUAUAACUCCUACUACUACAUCUGAAACUACAACAACAUAUACGCCUUCAGCACCUCCAGGUAUUUCAUCAACUACAUCUAAAACAACUACAGAAACUCCAACAACCACCACCCCUACUACUACAUCUGCGACCACAACAAUAUAUACAACGACUGAAACUCCAACUCCAGAAUCUACAACAAGCACUAUAACUCCUACUACCAUAUCUGAAACAACAACACAUACACCUUCAGCACCUCCAAGUAUUUCAUCAACUACAUCUAAGACAACUACAGAAACUCCAACAACCACCACCACCCCUACUACUACAUCAGCGACCACAACAAUAUACACAACUAUUGAAACUCCAACUCCAGAAUCUACAACAAGCACUAUAACUCCUACUACCACAUCUGAAACUACAACAACAUAUACGCCUUCAGCACCUCCAGGUAUUUCAUCAACUACAUCUAAAACAACUACAGAAACUCCAACAACCACCACCCCUACUACUACAUCUGUGACCACAACAAUAUAUACAACGACUGAAACUCCAACUCCAGAAUCUACAACAAGCACUAUAACUCCUACUACCAUAUCUGAAACAACAACAACACAUACACCUUCAGCACCUCCAAGUAUUUCAUCAACUACAUCUAAGACAACUACAGAAACUCCAACAACCACCACCACCCCUACUACUACAUCAGCGACCACAACAAUAUACACAACUAUUGAAACUCCAACUCCAGAAUCUACAACAAGCACUAUAACUCCUACUACCACAUCUGAAACUACAACAACAUAUACGCCUUCAGCACCUCCAGGUAUUUCAUCAACUACAUCUAAAACAACUACAGAAACUCCAACAACCACCACCCCUACUACUACAUCUGCGACCACAACAAUAUAUACAACGACUGAAACUCCAACUCCAGAAUCUACAACAAGCACUAUAACUCCUACUACCAUAUCUGAAACAACAACAACACAUACACCUUCAGCACCUCCAAGUAUUUCAUCAACUACAUCUAAAACAACUACAGAAACUCCAACAACCACCACCACCCCUACUACUACAUCAGCGACCACAACAAUAUACACACCUAUUGAAACUCCAACUCCAGAAUCUACAACAAGCACUAUAACUCCUACUACCACAUCUGAAACUACAACAACAUAUACACCUUCACCACCUCCAGGUAUUUCAUCAACUACAUCUAAAACAACUACAGAAACUCCAACAACCACCACCGUUACUACUACACCUGUGAUGACAACAAUAUAUACAACCACUGAAACAUCGACUCCAGAAUCUACAACAAGCAUUUUAACCCCUAGUACGACACCGGAAACUACAACCACCACCCCUGCUACUACAUCUCUGACCACAAAAACAUCUUCACCCACUGAAGCGUCUACAAUCUCAACAACUGAAGCUACAACUGUUGAAACUACCACAGUAAAUACACCAUCAGAACCCCCAGUAUAUACCACAACACCAGAGACAACAACUGUGACACUGACUACCACAUCAUCUGAGUCAACAAUAUCCCAAACAACCAUCUAUUCUUCCACCAUCUGCAGCUGUGUACAUGAGGGGAAACCAUACCCUCCAGGUGAAAUAACCAGUGGUGUCUUUAAUCGGACAUACUGCUACUUAAUUACAUGCACUGAAGACUGUGUGAUAAAAAUAACACACUGGAUAUGUGCCGCACCCACCACACCUGAAACAAGUACAGCCACCAAAAAAACACAAUCAACGACAACAGCUACUACCACAAGCACUACAAAGACUCUUGCAACAACUAAACUGCCUGGCUGCCCAUUUGAUCCAUUUCGUGAGCACAAUGAAACCUGGAUGUUGUGUAACUGUACUAUGGCUAGAUGUUUGGAAAACAACACUGUAGAAAUUAUUGAAUUAAAAUGUGAACCUCCGCCCAUGAUCAAAUGUGCCAGUGGGAAACCUCCUAUUGCUGUGCCUGAUGAUGAUCUUUGUUGCUGGCACUGGGAAUGUGAAUGUGUAUGCUCAGGUUGGGGUGAUCCCCAUUAUGUGACAUUUGAUGGGACCUACUAUAGUUAUCAGGGAAAUUGCACGUAUGUCCUUGUGGAAGAGAUUAUUGAGACUGUUGACAAUUUUGGUGUCUAUAUCGAUAACUAUGACUGUGGAGCCAGAGAUCGAGUAUCCUGUCCUCGCAACAUCAUCGUCCGCCAUGAGACCCAGACAAUCCAGAUAAGAGCUAUAGACCUAGACACCUUCACUUUACAGGUUGUUGUAAAUGGUGACAUAGUGGGAACGCCUUAUAAGAAAUAUGGUGUGAAAGUAUACAGAUCUGGCAUUAAUUAUGUGGUGGAAAUACCGGAAUUGAAAGCCAACAUUACCUAUAAUGGCUUGGCAUUUUCUGUGAAAUUGCCAUACAAACGAUUUGGAAAUAACACACAAGGACAGUGCGGUACUUGCACUAACAACCGGACGGAUGACUGCAUGUUGCCUAGUGGAAAGAUCAUAUCAAACUGUGAGAUCAUGGCGGAUGCAUGGGUUGUGCCUGACCCAAGGAAGCCUCAAUGUAGUGGGACCUUACAGCCUACAGGACCUCCAAAAGUCACUGUGCCUUCAACUUCCUGUAAACCCUCACCACUGUGUGAGCUCAUCAAGGCACCGUUAUUUCAACAAUGUCACAAGUCACUUCCACCUGAAAACUUCUACCAGGCCUGUAAUUUUGACAGCUGUCAUGUUCCAAACAGUAACAUUGAAUGCACCAGUCUGCAACAAUAUGCUCUGAUGUGCGCCGAUCAGGGCAUUUGUGUUGAUUGGAGGAGUCAUACUACAGAAUGCAAACUUACCUGCCCUUCACACAAGGUUUAUAAUGCUUGUGGCCCAGCCUUACCUAAAACUUGUCAAACAACACCUGAAGAAGAAGACCAGAUUAAAGAUAAACAAAUUGUUGAAGGAUGCUUCUGCCCUCACGGCACCAUGCCUUUUAGCUCUGCUGUGGAUGUCUGCGUGCAGAACUGUGGAUGUGUUGGUCCAGACAACAUACCUCGGGAGUUUGGAGAGAUCUUCCAGUUUGAUUGCAAGGACUGUGUCUGCAGAGAAGGUGGCAACGGAAUCACUUGUUCUGAACAUCAGUGCCAGGAGAAGACUGAUGUGCUCUGUGAGCUGGAUGGCUUCUACCCGGAGAUCGUAACAAGCUCCACUGAUUCUUGCUGUCAAGAGACUGUGUGCAAAUGUAACCCAAGUUUGUGCACUAAGACACCUCAAAACUGUAAGCUUGGAUAUGAAAUUGUUGGGGAAAUUCCAGAUGGACAAUGCUGUCCUAUCUACCGAUGUGUUCGAAAGAACGUCUGUGUUCAUGGACAUGCUGAAUAUCUGCCUGGAUCUCCUGUUUAUUCUGACAACUGCCAGAUCUGUGUGUGUCCUGCGAAUGCUAGCGUUGAGACAGGGCUACAGAUACAAUGUACCCGUGUUGCCUGCAAUGUUAUUUGUCCAGAGGGCUUUGAACUGAGGAUGGACGCUGGAGACUGCUGUGGUGCGUGCGUGCAGACCCAUUGUGCUGUGGAAAACAACGACAAAUACAUACUACUGAAACCUGGGGAGACGGUGAAUGCUGAAAAUGAUAACUGUACUUUGUAUAGCUGUACUGUGAUUAGAGAUCAGUACAUCACUUCUGUGUCUCAAAUAUCCUGCCCAUUCUUUGAUGAAGCCAGAUGUGAGCCUGGCACAGUCCAAUUUUUACCCAAUGGUUGCUGUAAGAUAUGUAUUGAGAAAAGCUCAUCAUGCAAAUUGGAGAACUUCUAUGACUACAUGAAUGUCAAUAACUGCCGAUCAUCACAAAUGGUCAAGAUGGCUCGCUGUGAAGGAUCCUGCUCAACCUUUUCUAUGUAUUCAGCAGCUGCCAAAUCCAUUUCACAUAAGUGUACUUGCUGCCAAGAGGUGAAAACCAGUGUGAAAAAUGUGAUGUUGCAGUGUUCCGAUGGAAGCAUUGCUAAUCAUCAGUACAUCGAUGUGGACCAGUGUGAGUGUAUCAAUACAGACUGUGGGUCAUCUGACAAUGCAUCUGACAGCAACUCACACGAAGACGAAAUACCUACACGACAGCGCAGAUCCUUAAGGAAAAGGAGACACCCUCACCAAAGGGGCAUUUAAAAUAAAGGAACAUUUAUAUUAACAAAUGAAAAAAAAAGAAUAUAUUGUUUAUGUGUAAGAAAUGUUAUGAUGUUACUUAAAAAUAAAUCCCUCUAUCAUGAAA